GUAAAGUAAGAAGUGAAGAGAUUGAAGAGAGUGCUUCGAAGAGAGAGGUGCCCUGAUUGGGAGGUUUUCACUGCUCCAUCUCACAAACUGAAGGAAUACUAAUUCUUAUCGGAUUCAACGCUCAAGCGCUCGACAGUAACGUUGCAACUCGAACGUUUGAACGCUAAGCCGUAAGAGCGAAUAGUACAAAGAAAGAAUUCACAAAAAAUAUGACACGUGACAACACCGUACAGCACAAAACUUCAUACUACUCGUCACUGGUCUCAGGUCCUCAUCAUGUUGCGAGCCUUGCUAGCCUCAAGCAGGCCAUUACUAGCGCGUUUGCGCAUCCCUACUAUUCCCCACAUACAUAAUUCCACACCUGCAAUCUCGUCACUUGGCACGACUGCAUCAAUUCCGUCUAUGACGCGUGGAAUGAAAGUCAGGUCAUCUGUCAAGGUUAUGUGCGACGGGUGCAGCGUUGUAAAGCGGAAAGGAAGAGUGUACGUUGUGUGUUCGAAAAAUCCAAAACACAAGCAGGUGUGCUAUUGAUGCUAUCCUCAUCCCAACUUUGAUUGACUCUCGUGUAGCGUCAAGGAUAAUCGCCGUCAAACCUGUGUCAUUGAACGCCGCAAAUCGUUUUGGUAGAAUGCAUGUAGGGGAAGAAGGGACAUAUAUGUCGAUAUAAUGCACAUUCCAACCAGCUCUCGAAAUAUUCUACCGCCUAUGUUACUGUCGCAGCCACAUUUGAAACUCGUAGCUAA